AGGUUCGCUUGGCUGCGGACAGCGCAUGUUCUUUCUCACGCAGGGACUGAGGAUCCCAGAGGCGCGUUAUGUUGGCGGCGCUGUCGAGGGUCGCGGCUCUGUGGAGAAGCGGUCUGAUUUCCAUCCGGGGCGGCGGGAGGGGGCUGAGGACCGGCCGCCCGCAGUCAGGUACUGACAAUAUGAAGCCAUUGGAAGGCUUAAAAAUUCUGGAUCUAACAAGAGUAUUGGCGGGACCUUUUGCUACAAUGAAUUUAGGAGAUCUUGGAGCAGAAGUUAUAAAAGUGGAAAGACCAGGAGUUGGUGAUGACACACGAACUUGGGGGCCACCGUUUGUUGGGUCAGAAAGUACUUAUUUUCUCAGUGUUAACCGAAAUAAAAAAAGUAUAGCAGUCAAUAUCAAGGAUCCAAAAGGGGUGAAAAUCAUCAAAGAGCUUGCAGCUGUUUGUGAUGUAUUUGUGGAAAACUAUGUCCCUGGCAAACUUUCCAAAAUGGGCCUGGGAUAUGAAGAUAUAGACAAGAUUGCUCCUCACAUCAUCUAUUGCUCCAUAACAGGGUAUGGUCAGACAGGUCCAAUGUCUCAACGAGCUGGUUAUGAUGCAGUUGCUUCUGCUGUUUCUGGUUUGAUGCACAUCACAGGGCCUGAGGUGGCAUGUUUGAGCCAGGUAGCUGCUAAUUAUCUUAUUAGCCAAAAAGAAGCACAACGCUGGGGCACAGCUCAUGGGAGUAUUGUUCCUUAUCAGGCUUUUAAAACCAAGGAUGGCUACCUAGUGGUCGGGUCAGGAAAUAAUCAACAGUUUGCUACCAUGUGCAAGAUCCUGAAUUUGCCUGAGUUGAUUGAUGACAUCAAAUAUAAAACUAACCACCUCCGGGUACAGAAUAGAAAAGAGCUUAUUGAAAUAUUAUCUGCACGGUUUUCAGAAGAAAUAACCAGCAAGUGGCUGGAUCUCUUUGAAGGCAGUGGGAUCCCAUAUGGUCCAAUCAACAAUAUGAAGAAUGUAUUUGCAGAACCUCAGGUAUUACACAAUGGCCUGGUUAUGGAGAUGGACCAUCCAACUGUGGGGAAGAUAGCAGUGCCAGGCCCAGCUGUGAGAUACAGCAAGUUCAAGAUGUCGGCCGUCAGGCCGCCUCCUCUGCUCGGGCAGCACACCGUGCACAUCCUGAAGGAGGCCCUGCAGUACGAUGACCACACCAUCGGGGAACUGCUCAAGGCUGGAGUGGUGACCCAACAUGAAGCCAAGUGACAAGAAAAAGGCUCGCUUCCUCAAAACCACAGUCUGAAUACGCUUUACUGGCAAUGACGAUGCUUUUUCGGGAUCCUUCUCCCCAGUUCUGGUGGCACUGCAAAGAAAACAUUGAACAGCAGUAGAUUUCCUGCCAGGCAAUUGCAGACCGGUUCUUGUAUGAAUGAAUUAAGUGCCUUUCAAAUGCACCAUUUCUUCUCAUAUCACUUUUAAAGAUAAUUGUUUAAUUGUAGAUUUGUGUGUGUACAAUGAUUUAAUAUUUUCCUAGAAAAAAACACCUUCCUCAUUCAAAUCAUGCUAAUAACCGAAUCACUUGUCUCUCCCACCCACACAGACCUGACAGAGAACAGAUCUCUUAACCUUCUGUACUUGCAGAGCCUUCAUUGAAACCUUUGUUGGGAAGUCAAACCAGCAAGUGGAGUGACAGUCUCUGUGAUUGGUUUUUCAACAGAGUAACUUAAUUUUGAGCUCCUGAACCCUGUGUUCAUCGGUAACAAACCAGGCACUUUGUUGAUGUCCACUGUAAAACUAGACGCCCUGCUACCUUGGGGGAGUAAAUAUUUGCUUUAUGUUGUAUUUCUCUGGUGAUUUCCUGGUAUGUGGCAGAAAAUCAAUUUCCAUCCACUUUCGGGUGUCAGUCAGUGUCUGUCUUGGGGGCCGAAGACUGGUUCUUCCAUCAUUGCCUUAUUUCAAGCCAACUGAAAAUGCGACAGGUUUUUAAAUGAAUUUCACGUGCAACCCAGGUAUUAAAUCAUGUGUAAUUAAUUACAAAAGAGAGGGAGUGGGAAAGUAAUUCCUUGUAAUCUGAGCUACCCUUGCAAAGUAAUGGAUCAUGCUUUGUAUUAACUAUUUCCAUUUAUUAGUAUUUUCAAAAUAAAGUAAAACAUCGCUCUGUCCAGAAGAUGGGAAGUAAUGUGCACAUUUGUUUCAGGAUACAAUGCCUCUGGAUUAGUUCAUCACCAAGCCCAGGUACAGACAAGAAAGCAGAUGAGACACCGACCAGUAUCCCGAUAUGACCUCAACUCAGAGCUGUUAGCGCCAACUAUUUUAAAAUAAUGUUAUCACAUACCAAGUGGCAAUUGAAAGUUAAAUUACAGAUGUUCAUUUUUCAAACUGUUUUAGACGCCAUUUUAUUUUUUAUUAGAAUGAACUAAGCUAUUUCUCCAGGCUGUACACCCAAUGUUUCUAGAAUCAAGGAUUCCAAAUGAAUAGAAAAUUCAUCUUCUUAAAGACCUUAUGGGACUUUUUAGACGAAAGCCUACUAAUUUUUAAAACAUUGUCCUCCCUGCUUUUAUUUGUGUGGACAUCUUAUUUUGAACAUCUCCUAGUUAAACAUUUGUCAGACAAGGGUAAUUAGACGCCUUCUUCAGUGCUUUCCUCCCAAUGGCUGAUUCGUGGCUAUCUACUUGAAGACAUCCCUAUCAAGGCCAGCAUCUGAAUGAAACACACACACACACACACACACACACACACCAUGGAAGCUUAUAAAAGGUUGGAUGAAAGAGACUAAGCAAAAGCAUAUACUUUUUGUAAUCUAUACACCAUUUCUCCUACUAAAUAGAAAUGUCUGACCCAGCUAGGUAUCUUGAAAUACAAAUUAUUUGGUUUCAGAGUUAACACUAAAUAUCCUAGUAUCCCUAUGUUUAGAAGGAUUUUUUUAAAAGAUUGAUCAAUCUUUUUGGAUCUUGUGACACUAUUACUGAUGCAAUAAUAAAAAUGCUUAUACUUGAGUAUAAGCCGACCCAAAUAUCAGCCGAGGUGCCUAAUUUUACCACACAUACUGCAUGAAAAAUGUGCUGGAAAACUCAGCUUAUACAUGAGUAUAUACAGGAUUGGCUAUUAAUUAAUUACUUCUCACAUUCAUGACAGAGUCAUGUGAUACUUUAUUUUAAAAACACUGGUAAAUCAAAAUUGUUAAUACAAAGUAAGAAAAUACCUCUAAGAUAUUCAGAUGAACAACAACAAGAUUUAGUCUUCAGACAUAGUAGAAACACCAUUGAGGCAAAGAUUAUGUCUCCAGGAUGACCAUGGUGUAGCUCUCCAUUUCCAACUACACGACUCAAAAUGAUCCAUCAUCAUCUUGAAAGCUUUGUGUCUUUGGGUCACCCCAAAGAAAACAUUCAUUCUACUAAUUGGGGUGAGGGAAUAAUUCAGAAUAUAUUUCAUGUUCUGAUAGUUAAUUAGUCUUGAAAGAAACACUGUUGCUUGCUAAAAUUUCUAACAAUAUGCCCCAGAUCAAGUUAUGCUUAUAAACAAAUGUGCUGUUUUAAUUAUCAAGGCCUAUUAUCUUACACAUUUCUGAAACUGAACACACUACUAAGAUACCAUAUGCUCAAGUUCAAUUUCUGUCAAGGCCUGCCUUCUGGCAGGUUUGAGACAGAGCUUGGCCCAGAAAUAUUCCUGGAAACGUAGUGGGUUAAUUAUUUUGGAAUAGAGGGUAUGUCCACAGCUUUCUUCCCUUGGUGAAUGUUUUUUUUCCUUCACUUUUUGACUAUCUGGUUAAUCAAAUAUAAUAUUUUCCACUAUACUGUCUGAGAUGCUGAAUAUUUCUCUAGCAGAAGAGAAAUUAAUAUUGACUAACUUUGUGUAUCUCAUGGAUCUGAUGUUUCCUUGAUCUACCAAAUAUAAAUUAGAAGUGAGAUCAAGAUUUUAAAAACACAAAAGUUCUUCUUUGGGCUGUUCCUUAUUAAGUUCUUAUCUAAUAAUAGAUAGCACGACACAUUCUCUGCCACUGAGUCGAUUAUAUGAGGGCUUUAUCAUGAAGUCUCUCUAAGCAUUCCUAUCAGCCUCCUUCAAGGAAGCUCACAUCACUCACUAUCUCCCUGGAUUGCAUAUUUCAGCACUGCUUCUUUUGCUGGGUUAGUAUGUUCUGUGUUUUAAACGCUUUGAAGAUGUGAGUCUUGCUUGUCACUCUCCCCUGUGACUGUAUAACAGACGUAACCCAUCUGAGAAGGAAUGCCUCGCGCAAGGCUGAACAGAGUGUCUAAAUCUUUCGUUUCUUCUCCCAAAUGCUCAUAACUGAUUCAAAACUAGUAAAGGAUCUGAGUAUAUCAGCAAAGGACCCUCUGCCCUAUCCAUGCCCUGACCAUGGAUGAUUCCGUUCCAAACUUUUCUACCAAGAUGAUGAUAUUCUUGUUUAAUCUACAUAUCUUUGUGAAAUAUCACUUCUGAAUAAGCUGUUAUUAGUGAUAGGGUUCUUCAGUUGAUACAAUGAGCCUGAAAAUAAAAAUAUUUGUUAACCUUGA